AUGGCGGCGUUAGGAAACCUGCCCGCGGCUGGGCAGGAGCUCAGCCCCGGCACUCAGGGGAGCCAGAUCAUCGGGGGAAAAGCGGUAGCACCCCACUCCCGGCCCUUCAUCGCCUCCAUCCAGAUGGAUGGGCAACAUAUCUGCGGGGGCUUCCUGGUGUCUGCGGGCUUCCUGGUGUGGCCCAAGUGGGUGAUGACAGCAGCCCACUGCCUCAUUCCCAGGCGCAACCCCUCGGUGCGCGUGGUGCUGGGCGCCCACAGGCUAGAGGAGCCUGAGGAGUCCCAGCAGGUCUUCAGCAUCGCCGAGUCCAUCGCCCACCCGCACUACAACCCCCGCUUAGUGGACAACGACAUCCGCCUGCUCAGGGGCGACUCUGGGGGACCCCUGAUCUUCAGGAAAAAGGUUUACGGCAUCGUCUCGUUCUCUGGGGAGAGAUGUGGGGACCGCCGGUACCCUGACAUCUACACCAAGAUCUCCAACUACAUCAACUGGGUGCAUCGCACUGUGCAGGGGCACCACCAUCAGAAGGGGCAGCCAAAGCCCUAG